UAGCCUGGAGCCCCGGGACGAGCCCCGCAGCCGCGCCCGGCCCCGGACGCGGCCUCGGCAUGGGCGAGCACCCCAGCCCGGGCCCCGCAGUGGCCGCCUGCGCCGAGGCGGAGCGCAUCGAGGAGCUGGAACCCGAGGUCGAGGAGCGACCGCCGGCGGCGCCGGAGGACCACUGGAAAGUCCUGUUUGAUCAGUUUGACCCUGGGAACACGGGCUACAUCAGCACAUGUAAGUUCCGGAGCCUCCUGGAGAGCCAAAGCUCCAAGCUGGACCCGCACAAGAGGGAGGUGCUCCUGGCUCUCGCCGACAGCCAUGCCGAUGGGCAGAUCUGCUACCAGGAUUUUGUCAACCUGAUGAGCAACAAGCGGUCCAACAGCUUCCGCCAGGCCAUCCUGCAGGGCAACCGCAGGCUCUGCAGCAAGGCCCUGCUGGAGGAGAAGGGGCUGAACUUCUCCCAGCGACUGAUCCGCCACGUGGCAUACGAGACCCUGCCCCGGGAGAUUGACCGGAAGUGGUACUACGACAGCUACACCUGCUGCCCACCGCCCUGGUUCAUGAUCACAGUAACACUGCUGGAGGUUGCCUUUUUCCUCUAUAAUGGGGUGUCGCUGGACCAGUUUGUGCUGCAGGUAACCCAUCCACGAUACCUGAAGAACUCAUUGGUUUACCAUCCACAGCUCCGAGCACAGGCUUGGCGUUACCUCACGUACAUCUUCAUGCAUGCGGGGAUAGAACACCUGGGACUCAACGUGGUGCUGCAGCUCCUGGUGGGGGUACCCCUGGAGAUGGUGCACGGAGCAACCCGCAUUGCGCUUGUCUAUGUGGCUGGUGUCGUGGCAGGGUCCUUGGCGGUGUCUGUGGCUGACAUGACCGCACCAGUGGUGGGCUCCUCUGGAGGGGUGUAUGCGCUUGUCUCUGCCCAUCUGGCCAACAUCGUGAUGAACUGGUCAGGCAUGAAGUGUCAAUUCAAGCUGCUUCGGAUGGCUGUGGCCUUGAUCUGUAUGAGCAUGGAGUUUGGGCGGGCCGUGUGGCUGCGAUUCCACCCAUCAGCCUAUCCCCCGUGCCCUCACCCGAGCUUCGUGGCGCACUUGGGUGGCGUGGCUGUAGGCAUCACCCUGGGCGUGGUGAUCCUGAGGAACUAUGAGCAGAGGCUGCAGGACCAGUCGCUGUGGUGGAUUUUUGGGGCCAUGUACACCGUCUUUGUGCUGUUCGCUGUCUUCUGGAACAUCUUUGCCUACAGCCUGCUGGACUUAAAGCUGCCGCCGCCCCCCUAAGGGCCUGGAGGACCUCGGUCGGGGAGGGGAGGGAGAAGCAGCGUCGGCAAGGAGCAGCCGUAUUCUUUUUCUCAUCACCAGCUCAGUGAGACCAGGGAGGAGAGGACAAGAGACGCUGGGCCGCUGUAAUAUUUGUGUUCCGAUUUGAACAGAAUGGAGGCAUUUUUCCGAAAGGCACCUGUUGGAGGAUUUGGA